UCUAUAAAUAUGUCCCGGCCCCCUCUCUUUCCUCUCCAUAAUCUCUCUCCCUAAUACUUCAUCAUUUCCACCAAGCCUCCUUUCCCUUCUCACCACCUGUACCCAACAUUAGCUGUGGCUCGAUAACCCACUUACAACCCAUACUCGCCACGAUGUCCGGAGAUAUUCCUCACAGCUUCCCCUCUAUGGCUCUCACUCGGAAGGGCCCUCAGGAGGAAGGGGAAACAUCUGCUGAAGCUUCUAGAGAAAAGGAGUUCGAAAGGUACCUCCAAAUUAUUUCAGGCCUUUCUGACAUCCUGUCGCCUGAUGGAAGGCUCAAGAAGAUUGUCCCCCGGCCCAGACCCUACCCGAACACCGAAAAUCGUAAGCGAUCAUUCUUUCUAGAGAGAAUCAUACCUCGCAGUGAGCCUACCCAUCUCAACACGGCACUUCAGACACUUAACAGCCAGGAUGAUGAGCCCGCUAUCGAUAACCGUCUAACAACAGCCUCCGCCACCAAUGACGACGACGACGACGAAACACAAGCCAAAGAACACCGUGAGGAAAACACACCAGUCUCAACUAUCCCGCGAUACCAGCCACCAGGGCUACGUAGCCGGCAGAAUCUCGACAUCAGUGCGACCGACUCCCUGUCUAAGCCUUCCUCCUCCUCCUCCUCCUCCUCGAAGCCCUCAGACAAGCCCUUCAACCCCUUGGCAGCCGAGUGGCGAAGCAAGAGCCUCGAGCCUUCCACUUCCUCCUCCUCCCAACUCGGAGAUAACGCCACCGAGCGCAGGCCGCCCCGGUUCCCGCGAGGCAUGAGCCGCCGAUACAUGGGCGACCCGACCAGCGCGGAGAACCGCGGCGACAGGGUCUCGGCGAGCAGAAACUGCUCGCUGCACAUCACGAACCUGCCGCCGAGCUGCACCGUCGCGGACCUUCUGGGCUCCAUCCGCGGCAUCGGCAAGGUGUACGCGUGCAACAUCCGGGCGCCGACGGCGGCGUACCCGACGGCGGCGGCCAAGCUCGUGCUGUGGGACCGGGCGGCGACGGAGGCGCUGAUCCGCGAGGCGGCGGCGGGCCACCUCGUCGUAGGCGGGUACGCGCCGUCGGUGCACAUGAACGACCACCGCGUGGCGCCGCAGCCGGUCAGCUACGCGGUGCCGGGGCUGUCGCGCGUCCUGCGCGUCCGCGGCCCCCCCGAGAUCGUCGAGCGCGGCCGCCUCGAGGCCCUGUUCAAGCGGAGCUUCCGCUACGAGCUCGAGGGCGUGACCAGCAGCAGCGGCGGCGGCGGCGGCGGCGGCGACAUCGCCGAGGUCGAGUUCCGCUUCUCCUCCUACCGCUGCCAGGCCUCCAACGCCUUCAAAUUCAUCCUCCAGGCCUCCCGCAACCAGCGCAUCCCCGGCUUCGAGUUCACCCCCCACGAGCAGGCGCUCUAGAGCCGCGUCGACUGCCACUGGGGCGUCGACCCCUGCGCCUAGUGCUCCCCGGACGAGAGCCCGGAGCGAAUACCCAACCUAUGCAUCAGCCUGUGUGCUGGAUCUGCCCCCUAAUAUCUAUCUCAUCUGAUUUCUGAGGAAAAUGGUCAACAAUAUUACUUAUCGUAUUGCCACGGGGUGGUGGAGAGUACAUGACGGAAACUACUUUACCCCUCGUGAAGAAAGGGGAUGUCUAUGUGUCUUUGUUGGGAUUUGCACUGGGGCUCGGACGUGGGGGGGACUUGUGUGUGAACACUGGUGCUUGGGAGAAGCAUUGUCAUGGGCAGCCUUCUGCCCCCAUAGUUACGGGAAUCGCCGCAAAGACUUAGAUGGCUUAUUAGACCUGGUAUGGUCCUGAGAUGUAUGAAGCGUGGAUAUUAUCAUCAUGUAUGACGAGAAUCUAGGCGGUUUUCGUAUGUAUGGAGAUGAUUCACAUGUCCCACCUUAGUUUA